UCAGUUCUACUGACCAUCUGAUACUGUGGUGGAGGUGAGUGCUCGCUCCCAUCAUGUUUGCAGGGAUGUGUGCAUGCACGUCCCACCAACAGAGAAGUCUGCAUCACCAACCGUAAACUUUAUUAUACUCCAAAAAUAGGCGGGGCGUUUCUAUGCCUCCACUGAAGAAAACUCUGAGACCUGCUUAUAUUAUAGACUGAUUUAAUUCUUUGUUGGAGGAUAUUUGAUCAUAUUUUUUAUUUUAUUUAAGAAGCUUCUAAAAUAUUUUAAUUAUAUGUGAAAACAAACUCAACUCUUCCCCCAUGAUAAGGUCACCAUAAUGUUCAGUCUUUCUCUUUUGCAGUGAAAACUUGUCAAAGAUGGAGAUAAUGUCUGAUAAAGAGGUGCUUUUGAAGACACUGGAAGAUUUGGAAGAUGAAGAAUUCAAGAAGUUCAAGUGGUUCCUGCAGGAUCCUGACAUCCUGGUAGGAUUCCAAGCCUUCCCAAAGAACAAACUGGAAAAAGCAGACAUGCUGGACACUGUCGAUAAGAUCAUACAGACCUUCAGCCAUCAGUCUGUAGAAGUGGUGAAGAAGGUUUUAAAAAAGAUUAAUAGGAAUGAUCUGGUGGAGAAAUUAUCAAGCACCAGCCCAGGAGCACAAGGCGUGUCUCCAUCUAAACCUACCGCCCUGCUUCUGAACCCUACAGUGGACAAAGCUCAGUAA